AUGACAAAACUCGAACUGCACGACAAAACUUCCAUGACCAUCACUACUAGAGCAACCCUUGCUACCUCUACAGCAACUUUAAUAACCCUAUCCUUCAUUUUAUCAAUCGCGUCCUCAUCAUCAAUCUACACCAAGAUACCAACAGCACCAUCGUCCACUUGUUAUCCCGACGCAUCAGAAACAACACAAUACUCCGUAAGAUCAGUGCAAAGAUGUGCUGCUCGUUGCAGCGUUCUACCGACCUGCAAAAGAUUCAAUUAUUAUUACCAGAGUAAUGUCUAUGGAACUGCUGGAGAUUGUUGCUUGUUUCCAUCCUCCAACUGCCAGGAUGUGCCUAGCAUCACAGGAUUUUUAGCGUACGUUGAUCACGUUGAAUCGAAAAUAAAUAGGAACUAUCGUAAUGAUAUGGAAGCAAGGCUCAGCAAUUCAGAUGCAGCACUCAAGAAAUUUUGGAAGACGGAAAAUGGGCAAAAGAAUUGUGCUCCUCAAUCCAACUACUAUGUAGGCAUGCCGAACCCAACAAGCACCACUACAGCGAGCACUUUGAAGACCACAACAACUGCACCAUCCUACGAUUGCCUCACUGUCAACCCUUGUCUGAAUGUUAAUUACGCGACUAACCCGAGCGGGUUAUACCCCCACGUGAACACCAACAUGUACAUCCAAUGUUCCAACAACAUUUGCUACGCUAGGAACUGUUCGUCAACUUUACUUUAUGAUGACUCUAAAAAAACUUGUGCUUGA